AUGUCGGCAGCAAGAAGAAUAAUAAUGAAAGAAUGGAAAGCUUUUGAAAACAAUGAACCUGAUUAUAUAUUUGCUGGACCAAUGAAGAAUGAUAUAUUCCAUUGGCAUGCAAUAAUUAUAGGUCCACCUGAUACGCCGUUUGCAGAUGGUAUAUUCAAUCUCGAUAUUAUUUAUUCUGAUAAAUAUCCAUUCAAACCCCCAAAAUGUACAAUGAAAACAAAAGUGUUUCAUCCAAAUAUUUCUUCAACUGGUAAGAUAUCUAUUAGCAUUUUAGAAGAUGACUGGCGUCCGGUAUUCACGAUUAAAAAGAUUUUACUUUCUAUAUCAUCCAUUCUUGAUACUCCUGUCAUGGACCAUCCUAUCAAUCGUAAAGCUGCGCGAUGUUUUAGAGGAAAUCGUAAUACAUAUAAUUCAAUUGUUCGAAAAUAUACAUCUAAAUAUGCCAAUGGAUCUUCUACUAAUAGUGAUAAUGAACAAGAUCUUCUUCCAGAGAUGUUACAUACAGAUACUGAUAGUGAAAAUGAGCAAGAUCUUCUUCCACAGAUGUUACAUUUAGAUACUGAUAGUAAAAAUGAGCAAGAUCUUCUUCCAAAGAUGUUACAUACAGAAACAAAUAAUUCUCUGUUUAAUUUUUUAUGUUUUAUUCUGUUUUUUUUGGCGAUAUUUGCUCUUCUUAUCUUUGAUUUUUAUAAAUUUUUUAAAUAA